AUGGCCACCAGUGGAAGCGCCGCGCAGGAGGGUUCUGGGUCGUCGGUCACUGCCGACCCAGUAACUGGCAUCGUCCCAGGACAGUACUGGCUGCAAACAGCCCAGAAUAUUGCUUACGACGGCGACCAAGACUCUGCACUUGGUAGCGAUGGCAAUGCCGAGUCAACCGCGUCCAUCGCGUCCAGCAUCCUGGAGUACCGGACGAUCCAAGGAAGAACGUAUCAUAGCGAGAGGGGCAAUGCCAGGUACUGGGGAUUGAACGAUGACCAGCAGAACGAAUCGAUGGAUAUCAACGACUUUGCCGACCAAUUCCCCAACACUGCGGUGAUCGGGACAGACAUCUCUCCGAUUCAACCUUCGUGGGUCCCGCCAAACUUGAGAUUCGAGAUCGAAGACUGCACGAUAGUGUGGACUUAUCCGUCCGAUUCCUUCGACUACGUGCAUAUCCGCUGGCUAAACGGGAGCAUCGACGAUUGGGGAAUGGUGUUCAAAGAAGCUUACAGAAUCUGCAAACCGGGUGGCUUUAUCGAGAGCUUCGAGGGAGCGCCUUGUCUAGAGAGCGACGACGGCACAGUCAAAGACACGGAUGCAGUUGGACAGUGGGGCAAGAUCUUUGUCGAAUACGGGCGACGAUCCGGCCGGUCGUUUACCACUGUAUCGAGUGGGAUCCAGAAGAAGGCGAUUCAAGAGGCUGGGUUUGUCGCCAUCGAAGAGAAGGACAUCAAGACCCCGAUUGGAGACUGGUCUCAGGAUCCGACUUUGAAGGACAUAGGAAGAUACGCACAUUUGGCCCUGACGAAAGACGUCGAAGGAUAUCUGCUGCUCGCGACCAGCGAGCUGGGCUGGGCGAAGGAGGAAAGCUUGGUGUUUGCCGCUCAAAUUCGGCGAGAACUCCGGUCUAAGAAGCACCACGUGUACUACCGACAGAAGAUUGUCUGGGGCAAGAAACCGGAGGCGUCUUAA